UGUUUCAUCUCUUCAUGCAUUGAAUUUACGUCGAGCCAGACGUCUGUAGUAGUUGAGAAUUUUGACGAUUCUACUCUGUAAUUUUGUGGUGACAGCAUCUUUUUUUCUGCACAACUUCCUCCUUGUGUGUUGUGUUAUUAUUUGCUGACCUUGGGACGUUCUCGACACCAGCUGUUAAUAGAAGAAAAAAACCAGUCUUGUUUGCUGAAUCGCAGCCAUAGGUGUUGGUGUCUUUUUCUUACUUUCACAGUUUUUUAUUGAUUUAUUCCUCCCAUCUUAAACUGAAAAAGGUGCUCGAAAACGAGUUUUUUAAACAUGUCCUUGAUGGGUCCCAAAAGUCAUCUUCGUUGAGCAAUCUUCUCUUCAUUCGGAAGAUUUAAUUUGCUCAAACUUUAUCGCAAGGUCACAGGGAAGUCUGCCAUUUUCAAGGGAGGAACACUUUCUUUGGGGUAUUUCUUUUGUUACGUGUACCGCGUGAUUCCGGUCGGGAGUUAGAAGAAUUUUGUCAUUUAAGUGCGGCGUUUAUAAAAAUGUGUAAUUUGUCCUUGAAAUUACGACGACGAUUUCCGCAAGUUGAUAUUUCGCGUUGUUUGAUUUCUCAUUUGCUGUCGAGUUCCCCACAUUAUAGGUUCAGUUCAGUCACGAUCCGGUACGACAUCCGACUUCCUUAAAUCUUUACCGGUAGUUUUGAUAUCAAUUCACGAUAUUGCAGCACGUUUUUCCCUGUGAAACGUGACGUCAGCUACUCCACGUUUUUAAUCGGGGGUCACACAACUUCGAACUCAUGUACAAAUUCGUAGCUUUCCCCAUAGGAUUCUCAUGCAAACCCAAUGCAAAUUAUUUUCGUUGUAAUCGUUUGGGAAUAAUGAAAAAUUGUGUGCUUCGAACUCAAAGGUAUGAGAGGGAGGAGCUUGUGGUUUGGACGAUACAUUCUUUUCUCGUCUAGUGCGUGUUGUUUACCCGGUUUUUUACGCGGUUCAUGCUAAAGCCGACUUACCUAUCCACCUGUUGUUUUUUGGAUCUCAGUGAGGUUGCGACUUUGCCACCGAAAUCAGCUCUCCCCUAAAAUUGUUUGCAAUCUCAUAAGAGUUCAAAGGUGUGAAAUGUUUAUUUUCGCUUCUUCUAUGGAGCGACCAGGUUGCCAAGUGAAGAUGACGUCUGAAAUUUGCGACGUCGACGACUCCGUCAAGGAGAUGUCGUCUUCUUCAACUACAGACAGUCAAAUGCCACUCAUGGAAGAUCACAGAUCCGAAUCCGCCACGACAUCCACUCAAAUUCACGAUUUGACUGAUGAGCACGAUGGAGGUCGACGGAGGAUGGGACGAAGCUGGCCGCGCUGUUGCGCCAUUUCGGGAUUGGUGACCGCCGUCGUUUGCGCCAUUCUGGCCCUCACGUUUCCCUUACUCUACCACGCCAUCCUCAAUUAUGAAUUGUCACUACAAAAGGGGACGUUCACAUACAAAAUGUGGGAAGAACCUCCAAUCGAUAUGUACAUCAAAUUGUAUUUCUUCAAUAUAACCAACAGUGAAGAGAUUCUCCAAAACAAUCAGGCGAAACCUGUUCUUCAACAGUGUGGACCUUACACAUUCAAAGAAUCGCACCAUCGAGUCAACAUCCAACCUCAUGACAACUACACGAUGACUUAUCAGCAACGUCGAGUCUGGCAUUUCGUCGAAGAACUCAGCAACGGAACUCUUGCCGAUAAUAUUACGACUCUCAACGUUCCAUUAGUGGGAGCCACUUAUACUCUCCGUUUUCAGCCGCUCUGGUAUAAAGUUGGAUUCAACCGAAUUGUCAGAUUGCUCGGUAGCCAGCUCUUUGUGACAAAGAAUGCUUCUGAAUUGAUUUUUGAAGGAUACGCUGAUCCCCUUCUCGAACUUGGCAAACGUUUACCGCCCGGCACUUUCCCUCCUUUCGAUAAAUUCGGUUGGUUUUACCAGCGCAACAAUUCCGAAUCGUUCGACGGAGUGUUCAAUGUUUUUACCGGAGCAGAUCACAUUAGCAAAGUGGGCGAGAUGGAUUUGUGGAACUACUCAUCACAUACCAACUUUUAUGAAUCUUAUUGUGGAAUGGUCAAUGGAUCUUUUGGUGAGGCUUGGGCUCCUCGUCGUAAUAAAACAAGCAUCUCCAUGUACGUCACCGACAUCUGCAGAUCCGUGACAUUAGACUACGAAAAGGAAGUCAUUGAUGCAGGCGUGCCCGCGUAUCGCUAUACUGCCACAGAGAAAGUCUUUGCCAAUGCCACGGUCCAUCCGGAUAAUUGGUGUUUCUGCUCGGGAGGUGCUUGUAAUCCUUCCGGAAUAGGAAACUCAUCCACUUGUCGUUUCGGUGCACCCGUUUUCACCUCUUACCCCCACUUUUACCUGGCUGAUCCUUAUUACAUCGACCAAGUGGACGGAUUAAGACCUGAGAAGGAUCUCCAUCAGUUCUACAUUGAUUUGGAACCAGAAAUGGCAGUGCCAACGUCAGUCAGGGCUCGCUUGCAAAUCAAUAUUCUCAUUGAACCCGAUAUUGACAUAGAUGCCGUGAGGAAUCUCAACCGGAUGUUCCUCCCUCUUGUCUGGUUUGAAUUGAGUGCCGAUUUGACACCGGAUCUGGGCGUUUGGAUCAACUUGGCCAACCGGGUGCCAGUUUUCGGCACGGCCGCGUUUUUCGGCUUCCUCUGCCUCAGUCUGGUGGCCGUGGCCGUCUCAGGUGUGUUCCUUGUCAAGAGGAGAUCGCGGACUCACGCCAUCGCUUCGGCCGAUCCCGCCAGCAAAGAAAGCGACAUGAUUGACUCUUGAAAAGGCUCGUCGUUCAGCUGUUGUUGAGUUCAGCGUCGUCGUCGUCCUCCCACUUCUUUCUCCCAAAUCGUAUUUGAUUUUGUACUCGGCAAAGUAGGUAAAGAAAAAAUUUAUAUGAAUUCCAAAUAUUCAAGUGAUCAUCUGUUGCGCAUCCAUGUGUCUUACUAUUUCCAUUACGUUGAUUCUAUACUGACCACUACUAUUAAGAAUUUAAUGCAAUACGUAUAAGUUUUUGUGCCUUUUUGUUUUAACGAUGAUAUUGUAGGUGCCUAUUAAUCGCCGCAUGUGUUUAUAUUGUUGAUGAAAUCGCCUUGGUCAAGCGACUCGCUGACCGUGAAAACAUCAAGAUGUGCUUAUUUGUAGAUGGUUGGCUUACGUCAGCUAGUCACCAAACUCGUUACAAUUGAUAGUUGUGAUUUCCAACGUCGUUUUAGAGGGGCAAUCAACGCCAAUUUAUUGUGAUGUAUUUUCAAGUCCCCUCUCUCUUAAACCCUCCCUUUUUUUCGCUUCUUCCUUUUGUUGUUCUAUGGGGUUACAUCUAUCUAGUGUAUCGAAAACAUCAAUAGAGAGUGCCUUGACUUGACUGUCACACACUGACAAACUGCUCAUUGUAAUAUAAUACAAAACGGUAUCUGUGUA